CAACACCAGCCCACUGGUCGUACGUUUUCACCGCUGAACGUGCAUGUGCUGUGGAAAUUGCAGCAGAGUUUAACUUCCCGGGAGAAGGCCCGCGGACAGGAAACACUAAACGCUUGAAAUAAGCAUUUUUCCUGGCCAAGCUUUCGCAGAGACGAGCGUGAUGUAAUGGGAUCCCGGUCUUCUGGUAUGUUUACUUUGCUCUACCUCCAACUAUAGCCCAGCCUCCAUCUACCCGUAUGCUUCCUUACCGAGCCGCCGCUUAUAGGUCUUCUUGGUUUCUCCGGCUUUAAUACCAAUCUUGACCAAGGCACAUAAGGCACAACAUUUCAGAUCACUUGGGCGGUUCAACUUGUGCUAAGGAUUGUACCGCCCUCUGCUCAUACGGCCAUAACUAACCACUGUAGUGACAUCUUGCUUUUACGAGCUUAAUCAUGUCAAGUCCAAACGAGAAAGGCCGUCGGGGCCCUCCCGUCUCAUACGACGGCAAACAACAUGCCAACGUGGAUUUUCUCGCGGCGACCGGCUCAAGGCAGCAGAUACCAACCCCUCCCAUUCCUUUACUUCCUCCUGCCAGACGGUACUCUAACGGCGAUAGCCAGCAUUUUGGCAAUUCAAACAAAUUUUAUCAACCCUACCGUCCAAUGUCUGCCCAUGAGCCAGCGAGACCUCCCCAUGAUUGGGCGGGCCAUGGUCGAUCUGCGGGCUCAGAGUACCAUAAUCCAGUAGUGUGGCCGCAAUUUGGUGCAGAAGAUUCUCCGCGGGCCAUGCAGAACGAGUCUUCUACUUUUCCUACAUUAGAUGGAGCUAUCGGCCGAACAUCAGUUCCUGGCCCGCGAGCAUUUCGACUGAGCAAUGAGGCAAGACCAAGGGACUCCAUCAGAAGUCACCAAUUACCAAGUGAUGCCUCACCGCAACGCGAGAACUGGAGACAUACAGACGACUCAGCACGUACCCUUUUGCGAAGUCGGCGUAACUCCAUCGGUACGGCAGAUUUGCACUACGGUGAGAACAGGUCUUCUGGAAACAGAUCCUCUCAUGGCCCAAUGUCGCCUGGCCAAGACUUCUCACAAGCCGAUGGUGUUAUGUCACCUUAUUCAAGCAGUCCUAGUCGGACACAUCUAGAUCACCAGACCCAUGACGAUGUUGUCGACGCGAUACAUAAAGCAAGAGCGUUCAAGCCCUUCAGAACUUCCCAGGCGACUACACUUCGGUCACAAUCGUAUGAUCCGGCCUACGAUAUGACUCCUCCUGGCGGAGACUCGGGAACUCGGUAUAGUCCAAUUCGACAGGGGUUAGAAGCAGAUCAACCAGCAGAGUCGCCCGAGCGGAAAGAAAAGAAGACUACCAAAGGCAGUCCUGAUGGGCCUGAUCUUAUCUUUAUACACGAGUUUGCGUUCGUGUUUAUGAUUGCAGCUGCGCAGGCGCUUAUGCUCUCGGGUGUCGCACAAGCUCUCAUACCAGCAAGCGUCAUCGGCCAAUCAUUUGGUUUGACUAGGCCCGCUGAUUGGGCAUGGUUUUCAGCAUCAUAUGCUCUUACAUCCGGCACCUUCGUUCUCCCGGCCGGGCGGCUGGGUGAUCUAUUCGGUCACAAGAAUGUGUUUAUCAUUGGCUUCUUCUGGUUCGCACUCUUCAGCUUCCUUGUGGGCUUUGCGCCACUGAUUCAGGAGGUCGGUGGGAACAGCGUCAUAUUCUUCAACGUCUGCCGCGGCCUCCAAGGCAUAGGCCCUGCCCUGCAAGUCCCCAACGGACAGGCUAUGCUCGGCCGCGCUUAUAGUCCAGGACCACGCAAAGCUCUAGUUAUGUGUCUCUUCGGGGCCUCCGCGCCGUUUGGAUUCGUUGCCGGUGGGGCCAUGGCCUCUUUAUGUGCCCAGACUUUGACUUGGCCGUGGGCAUUCUGGAUCCUGGCAGCUGUCUGUUUCGCCUUUGGUACCAUCGGAGUUCUAGUUAUUCCUCCCUUCCCAGUCGGCAAGAGAGAUAAGAGUGAAGGUCUCUGGGUUCAACUCGACAUCCCCGGUGUCCUUCUAGGCAUAUCUGGUCUCGUUCUCUUCAACUUUGUGUGGAACCAGGCCGUGCAUGUUGGCUGGAACACCCCGUACACGUACUUCCUUCUGAUCAUCUCUUUGAUAUUAAUCGUGGCUUUCGUUUACGUCGAGCGACGUACCAAGUACCCACUCGUCCCUAUCUCGGCCAUGCAUUUCCAGACGAACUACGUACUGGCAUGCACGGCGGCUGGAUGGGGCAGCUUCUCCAUCUGGGUGUUCUACCAAUUCCAAUUUCUUGAGAUCCUGCGCGGUUGGUCACCUCUGCUGGCAGCCGCGUCCAACGCCCCCGGCCCUUUCGCCGGUCUCAUCGCUUCUCUCUUCGUUGCGCGCUACAUGAUGAGAAUCGGACCGCACUGGAUCAUGCUCUUCUCCAUGAUCGCCUUCUUUGGCGGCAGCGUCCUUAUGGCCACCGCGCCCGUGGGCCAGAUUUACUGGCUGAACACCUUGUUCUCAGUCCUCCUGAUGCCUUUUGGUAUGGACAUGAGCUCACCCGCAGGGAUCAUCAUUCUGAGCAAUGCAGUCUCCAAGAAGCACCAAGGCAUAGCGGCGAGCCUCGUAGUCACCGUGAUGAACUAUAGCAUCAGCACAGCGUUGGGGUUUGCAGCGACGGUCGAGACGCAUGUCAACAAAGAAGGCACCGACGUGCUGGCUGGGUUCCGGGGAGCGCAGUACCUAGGAGUGGGUUUCGGUGGGUUGGGAUGCAUCAUCGCGUUUGCCUUCGCGGUGUCGACUGUUAUGAGGCAGCGAGCGAAGGUCGAGUCGGCACGGGAAGAGCAGGCCGGAAAUUUCCAAUCUCGGUAAUACACGAGAGAAUUCUGUGUAGGUGCUAUCGAACUAGGAAAAUAAAAUCACACCUGCCCCACGUCAGUGUUGGCAAACAUUUCUUGGAAGCUGUAAUCCUU